AUGAACGUCAUCCGGGCGUCGAGGCGACAGAACCGGGAACUGGAAGAGGCGGAGGCGGCUGCGGCAGCGGCUGCGAAGGAUUCAAAGGGGGAUGUCUACCAGAACCCCAUGCAGAGGGCAAGAGUCGCUUCUUCCUCGGACCAUUCGGACGGCACUGCCUACAGCAGCGGAAGCGUCAGCAGCCGCUUCUCGUCGACGCAGGCGUCAAGGGCGGCGGCGGCGGCGGCGGCAUCCAAGGCCACCGUCGGCCGCGGUAGGUCAAGCGGCCGCAUCAGCAGCAAGGGCCUCACUGGCACCCUUACCAGGGAAGGCUUCUCCAGCAGCAACAAUGACGACGACGACGAGGAGGAGGAAAUCGGUGGUAUUUUCGACACGAUGGAGAUGGGGCGGAGCAGAGCGGUCGGGGAGGGCUCGAAGGGGGGCGGCGGGCGUGGCGAGAAGAGCAGGAGAAAAGGCGGCGGCGGCGGCGGUAGUGGCCGCAAGGGCCGCAUGAUGAGCCGGACCUUCAGCGGAAGAGGCAACAGGAGCGGGGCGGAGGAGGCCCCUCAAGCGACGGCGGCAGAAGGGGAUCCGCAGGAGUCAGACCUCUCCCGAACCCUACGUCCCGCGGUCCUAAGAGCCGGCAGACCGAUUCCGCGGAACCCCAGCAACGCGGGAAUCGAGCGGGGCUCCGCCCGCUAG